AUGCGGCUCCGGAAACCUGCCUUCGCAUCUUGUGCUCCAUAUCUUGGGAGCAGAUCAUAGAGAAGGCACAACGCCGCAGCAGACGCGGGCGAUGUUCGUAGACCUGUUCCAACGCCUCGGGCACGACGAACACGUACAAGACCUGGACUUCGUCUUCUGCGGCCCCAAUAUUCCACCGCAUCUGCAUGGCACUCGGCAUACCUUAGUCCACCAUCACGCCCCAGCAGCUGCCACAAAGGACCAAACCAUUUGUGGGCUGGAUGGCGUGUGGCAAGAAAGUCCAGCUGCAACCCCAGGGAUGAUGACCACCCGGUGCUGUGAUUCUCCACCGUCUACAGCAGGGGCAUUGACGGUCCGCCUUUGGUACAACUCUGGGCUCUACCACGACGUAUCUGGCUUGUUCGCAACACCGGACGCCCUUUUUCUCUUCAACGCUGGUCUAUGGGGCUACGAUGACUGGGAGCCUACUUUAGAGCACAUUCUCGGCUGCGACCGCGCCGCGUGUCCUAGCGAUCACGUUGGCAAUCGACAGGCUUCACCACCACCAAUCCCCGCGACAAAAUCUGGGCCAAGAAACGCGGUGCCUGUGGUCGUGACAAGCUACUGCUCAGAAGAAGCCUCCGAUGACAUGGAAACACUCGAGAGGGUGUUGCUGGGGGAAGAUGGAAACUUCGUGGAGCUAUCACCUGGCGUUGCUAGUAGCCCAGUCGGUGGACUAGAGUGGUUGUGGAAACCGGAAGUAAAUCCCCAUCGGUCGCGGGUACCCAGGCGCACAGAGUGUGGGGUAGAGGGGAGAGCACUAUUUGAGAAUCACAGCUGGCAGGCCCUGCGCCCACUGCGGUGCAGGCACUUCAGCAAGGCAACAUGCAAUGAAGGGUUAACAUGA